AUGAUUUCUCUAUUCUCUUUUCCUUUUCAUCCUUUUCUUCGUGACUUAAAAAUCUCAAUAUACCGCACUUUCUGUAUUUUUCUCCCGUUCACUCGCGUAUUUCCUCUCACUUUCUUUGUCUCACUUACUUUCCUUCACUGGUCCCAUCUCCCUUUGUUAGAAUCUCUCCAGCGAUUGCCUACAAGUGUUCGAUCCUGUAUUUUUUCUUAUUAUCUAAACUUGUUCUAUCUAUCUAUCUAUCUAUCUAUCUAUCUAGUAAUAAUUGAUUCUUUUCCCACAAAACCUGCAUUCUACCUUUCCAUCUAUUCUUUCAAUUUACCUCAUUCAAUGCAUUCAACUGGGGAAUCCAAUUCAUUAAUCAGUCUUCAUCAUAGAUUCUUUCUCAUUUCUUUUCUAAAAUUCAUCGUGUUCUCUUCAAUGUUUCUUUUUUGCUCAAUACUUAUUUUAAUUUUUUUUAUCUCUUCCCUCUUUUAUUUUCAAAUUUCUUUCAUUUCUUUCUUCGUCUUCACUGCUUCAAAUAUUUUUUCUUUCUUCUCUAUUCCCUUCUGUUCUAUUUAUUUUAUUCUUUUUCCGUCCCUAAAUUCUUCCCUUCGACUUUUUCUUUUUCCAUAUUAUUUAUUUUUAUCAUUUCUCCUUUCUUUCAAUGUCAGAUUUGUAUUCUUCUUAGCGACCUUCUUCGCCUUCUACUUCAUUGCUUUUUCUUUUGCGAUUACGUUUUCUCGCUUUUUCUUUAAAAGUCUAACAUUAUUUCGACCUCUCUCUCUCUCUUUCUCUCUCUCUCUCUUUCUCUCUCUUUCUUUCUCUCUUUUCUUUUUUUUUUUUCUUCUGAUCAUGUUUCAUGGAUGA